AUGCAAAAUAUAUAUAAUAAUAUUGAAUCAACAUGUUAUAAUUCCGAAGAUGAUCAACUAACAUCAAAAACUCUUAUACAUAAUCAUGAUUAUUUAUCACAUUCAAUUUCAAAUCUUAUUGAAAAAACUUAUCAACAAAAUGAAAAAGAAUUACCAACAUUAUCUACAAACUUUGAACAAAAACAAUUUUCUGUUCAUAAUAAUACAAUAACAACAUUAUCAAAAAUUAAUAAUGAAAAAAUUUCUCGUUCAACAACAGUUUAUAUUCCAUGUUUAGUAUGUGGUGAUGAAUCAAGUGGAUUUCAUUAUGGUGUUAUUUCUUGUGAAGGUUGCAAGGGUUUUUUUCGUCGAUCUAUAACUCAAGGAAUGUCACACCAUUGUAGUAACAUGGGUAAUUGUGAAAUAACAUCAUUUAGUCGUAAUUCUUGUCAAUAUUGUCGAUUAAAAAAAUGUUUUAAUGUUGGUAUGAGUCGACAAGCAUCACGAUUAGGUCGACGACCUAAACGAUUACAUUCUGAUACUAUAAAUAUAAUUGAAAAUGUUAAAGAUCAUAUAAAAAAUUCGUCAUCAUCAAAAAUAUCUGAACAAGAAAUUCAAUGCCAACAACAAGUUAAAUUUAUAAAUAAAGAUUCAAAUAUUUUUAAACAACUUACAACAUCAGAUGAAAGAGAUAAACAAAAUACAUCAAUCAAUUGUAUUGAUUCAGUUUAUUCGAUAAUAUCAAAUAGAUUUUCAUCAACUGAUCAAACAUCAAAUUUAAAUUUUCCUGAUUGUCUUUUUCAACAUCGUCAAAUAACUAUCGUACCAGAAAUUCAUCAAGAAAUUCUACGAAAAUUAUCAUCAAUGUUAAUUUAUCAAGAAAAAUUAUUAACCGAUAUUGAAAUAAAAGAAAUUGAUCAUAUAGCAAAAGUUAUUAUUAAUGCACAUCUUCAAUUUUGUGCAUGUACAUUCGAAAAAAUUCAAAUCAAAAUUGAUGAAAAUCCACCUAUUUGCGCGGAUUCAAUUAAUGAUAAUUUUGAUUCUGAUCCAACAGUAGUAUGGACUAAUUGGCAAUUAAGUUUUCCAUUUGAAAGAGCUUUUGAAACUAUUCUUGUCAGUUGGUUCACUUUAUUCGAUGCAAAACGAAAAUUAAUGCUUACACCGGAUUUGUCAGCUUAUAUGAAUAGAGAUUUUAUUAAAAAAAUAAAAACAUUAAGCGUAUUUAUGUUAGAAAUAUUUGAUUUGGGAUUGAGAGCAAGUCAUCUUCAAUGGACAGACAGUGAUAUUGCUUUGUUUAAUGCACUUUUACUUAUGAAUCCAGAGAGACCAAAUUUGUACAAUAAAGAAUUGAUUGCACAGAUCGAAAGUAAACUUAUGCAAGUUUUGUAUAGACAUUUAAGACUUUACCAUCCAAAUGAACCAGACAUGUUUUUGAAUAUUCUUCAAUUGAUACCAUCAAUUCAAGAAGUUAAUCAAGGUCAUUUGAAUGCUGUUAAAUAUAUCAAACAAUAUAAACCACAACUUUUUAAUUCUUUACCGGAUGUUUAUCAAAGAAUUUAUGAAGAUCUCUCACUGCAAUCGAACAAUUUUCAAUCUUCUAUGACCAUUCCUUAA